AUGGAUAUGAUCGUCAGAGUGUGCCUGAUAUGCAUACUCUUCUUCCCUUCUUCAGCAAUCUCUAGGAACAACAACAAUGAUGACAUAAGCCGGUGGUGCGGCGACACGCCACACCCGCCGCCAUGCAACUAUUUUGUUGGUCAUCGGCGCCGUGACCGCUCACCACCGCAGGACCGAUCGGAGUUCCGCCAAAUUAUGAUUGACGUGACCAUGGACCGAGCCCUCGAUGCGCAGUGGCAUGUAUCGCAAUUCAGCAAGAAUUGCACGACUGAUAGGCAACGGCAGGUAUGGUCCGUUUGCACGAAACUUUAUUAUAACACGGUUUGGCAGCUCAACCGAACCCUGGAAGGCCUAGGAGGGCCACAUAAAAACUGCAGCAACUUUGACGCUCAAACAUGGCUCAGCACGGCUCUCACGAACAUUCAAGCGUGCCAAUUGGGAUUUCAAGAUCUGAAUGUUUCCGACUUCAUAUCUCCAGCCCUGUCGACUAAUUUAUCGCAGCUGAUCAGCAAUAGUUUGGCGGUGAACGGGGUUUUGCUACAGAAUGAAAAACAAGAGAGUUACGAAGAAGGAUUUCCUAGUUGGUUGUCUAGUCAUGAUAGGAAACUACUGCAAUCCUCCACAAUAAAGGCUAAUCUCGUGGUGGCCAAAGACGGCUCGGGGCAUUUCCAAACUAUACAAGCAGCUCUAGAUGAGGCUGCAAAAAGGCGCUCCACAACUGCAAGAUUCAUCAUCUAUGUGAAAAAAGGAGUCUACGGGGAAUACAUAGAGGUAGCCAAUAACAAUAACAAUAUCCUGAUGAUAGGUGAUGGCAUAAAGAGCACCAUUAUCACGGGCAGUCGAAGUGUUGGAGGAGGUUACACUACGUAUAGUUCCGCAACGGCUGGUAUCGAUGGCGUUGGCUUUAUAGCUCGUGGCAUUACGUUUGUCAACACUGCAGGUCCGCAAAAGGGGCAAGCAGUUGCGCUGCGAUCGGCAUCCGACCUCUCGGUGUUCUACCGCUGCGCUUUCCAGGGAUACCAAGACACUCUGUGGGUGCUUUCACAGCGUCAAUUUUACAAGUCCUGCUACAUUUUUGGCACCAUAGACUUCAUCUUUGGAAAUGCAGCGGUGGUCUUCCAAAAUUGCUUGAUCUACGCUAGGAAGCCAUUGCUUGGCCAAUCGAAUGUAAUAACUGCUCAAGGGCGCAACGAUCCCUUUCAGAACACGGGAAUUUCAAUCCACAAUUCGCGAGUCCUAGCCACAUCCGACCUAUUGCAGUCGACAAACGCCGUCCAAACAUACCUCGGACGGCCAUGGAUGCAAUACUCAAGGACAGUAUACAUGAAAACGUAUCUCGGCUCUUUAGUUAGUCCUGCAGGUUGGACCACAUGGGCAGGUAGUAAUUCUGUUUGGAACACAUUGUACUAUGGCGAGUAUGGGAACUCUGGACCCGGAAGUUCGACCAGAAACAGAGUUACAUGGCCAGGUUAUCAUGUAAUCACAAGUGCCGCCACUGCUUCGAGUUUCACCGUGGGCAGUUUCAUAGCGGGCGGAUCAUGGUUACCGGCGACCGGUGUGCCAUUCACUUCUGGAUUGUGACCAUGUCUCUGUAUUUAUGAUUACGUGAUCAUUGAUUCUUGAUUGUAUA